GCUACGACCCAAAUAGCGCGACACAGGUGAAUAUGUCACAGAUUAUGACAAAUACAGAAGUCCCGGUGCUAAAAGCUAACCGAGCAGUUGAUAGACUAGAUAUUGACACCGGGGCAUCCCGGUAACAUUAAAGCGAGGGUUGGUAAAGGCGAAAACUUGUCUCCUAUUGUCGGUGUACGCCGGGUAAUAUAAAAAGCAAACCCCCAGAUAGCCAGCGGCCACCAAGCAUUUUGGGAAGGAGUUUACAUACGGUACACAUGCCGCUUGUUGUCGAAAAACACACACUAUUGUCAAAAGUGUUGUCAUAAGAUAUCAAAACCGAGCUACAAUAACAAAAAUCUAGUGUUUUUUUUGUCAAGCGCCGAGCUAACAAAGCGAGCAAUGUCCUACAAUUCCCAGAAUUCCCUGCGCCAUCAAUGACUUUUGACCCCUGGGUAACAACAGGCCGAUCAGCUGAUUUAAAGGCAACAACAACAUCACUUCCUGGGGGGUUUGAUACGGAAUAAAUAACCCUGCAGCAAGCUAACUUCCUCGCUGUCAGGUUAGUACGUGGCACCGGUCGCUGUUUGGGAUGUUAUUAUUAGAUGUUGAGGCUAGUUUUAGACCGUGACGAGGCAGCGGUUUACAGUUAACAGAGUCAGUCGUCGUCUGCCGGACUCCUAAAAACAACUGCGAGGUCAGUUGAUGUAAAAUAGUGAAGGUUGUUUUUUCUUACAGUACUAGUGCUGAUUAUUAAUAACUGCUUAAUUGAGUAUACAAAUAGCUGUGGACAGAGCAAGUAGCAUUUAGCAACCUAUUUAUUAUAGUGUAAACAAAGCAGAAGGUGCUGGAUAGUUAUUGUUAGCUUCAUUAGUGUUUUGUCACAACAAAACAACAAUUUAAGCCUGCACUGCUUUUUGAUAUUAUUGUGUAAUGUGUUUUCUAAGGGGUUCAUAUUAUAUGCAGCAGUGGUGGUGUUAAGGGUAUGUUAUUACUGCAACACUAGCUAAGUUUGAGUGUUUAUUCUACCAUGUGAAAGUGACAUUUGGCCAAUAAAUAUCCAAAACAAGUAAAUAAUACACAAUGCAGAGACUUUGAUUAAAGUCUAUGAAAGAGGAUCAACAUUAGUAACUGACAAAGGCCAAAGGUCGUGGUUGUAGUGCAAUUUUAGGUACAGUCGCACUGGCCAUCUUUUAAAAUAAUCCUUUGUAGUAAUAACCCAUCUAGUUUUCCAUUAUCAGCACCUCUAAAGAGUGGACCAUGAGUGGUCAAGGUCCAGCUGUAGAUAAAGGGAUGAACACCAUACUAGUCUGCCAGGAGAGUUACACUUGUGGGGGCUCCGACGAAGCCGCCUUUGAAUGCGACGAAUGCAGCAGCUUGCAGUGCGCCCGCUGUGAGCUGGAGCUCCAUCGCCAGGACCGCAUGAGGAACCAUGACCGAGUCCGGAUCUCCCCGGGCCAUGUUCCCUUCUGUGACUCGUGUAAAGGGGAUGGCAGCGGUAGUUCUGUCACGGCUGGACGGCUGCGAGCCGCGGUCCGUUGCCAGGGAUGCAAGAUCAACCUGUGUUUGGACUGCCAGAAGCGAACUCACAGCGGCGUAAACAAGAAAAAGCACCCCGUCACGCCGUAUCCUCUGGCCAAACCCACUCAAGAGAACAGCGUGAUAUCCGGGAAGUCUGAGAUGGAGAUCCUGAGAGACCAGCUGGACGAGGUGUACAGCUUUCUGUUGGUGGACGAGAAAGAGGAGAUGCAGGUGAAGGACGACAAGGAGUUUGAGUUUGUGAGCAGACUAAGAUGUGGGGCUGAUGAGCUCCUCAAGGUGGUCUCCAUCUUUGGGAACACUGGAGAAGGGAAGUCCCACACAAUGAACCACACCUUUUUUCAUGGGAAGGAAGUGUUCAAAACUUCGCCCACUCAGGAGUCCUGCACUGUGGGCGUGUGGGCGGCCAUGGACCCUUUUCACCGAGUGGUGGUCAUUGACACAGAAGGACUGCUUGGGGCUGGAUCUAGCCAAGGUCAGCGAACACGCCUCCUCCUCAAAGUGCUUGCUGUCUCGGACAUCAUAAUCUAUAGGACCCAUGCUGACCGUCUCCACGACGAUCUCUUCAAGUUCCUCGGUGACGCCUCGGAGGCCUACCUGAAGCAUUUCUCCCGGGAGCUAAAAGCGACCACCACGCGCUGCGGUCUGGACGUCCCGCUGUCCACCCUGGGCCCUGCCGUCAUCAUCUUCCAUGAGACGGUCCACACCAAGCUGUUAGGAUCAGACAAGCCAUCCGAAUCGGUAGACCGUCUCCUGCAAGAGCGUUUCAGGAAGCUGGGACUGUUUCCCGAAGCUUUCAGCUCUGUACAGUACCGCGGGACGCGAACCUACAAUCCUCCCACGGACUUCAGUGGGCUACGGCGAGGCCUGGAGCAACAGCUAGACAACAAUGCCACCCGCUCGCCACGGUCUGCCGGCGUAAUUUUCAAGGCUCUGCAGGCGCUGAGUGAGCGUUUCAGUGGCGACAUCCCAGAUGAACACAUGACCAGUAACUCCUUCUUCCCUGAUGAGUACUUCACCUGCUCCUGCAUCUGCCUGAGUUGUGGUUCAGGCUGUAACAGGAGCAUGAAUCACCUCAAGGAGGGACUCGAACAUGAGGCCAAGCAUCGCUGCCGCUACUCAGCAUCGUAUGACAACCGCAUCUACACAUGCAAGGCCUGCUAUGAAAGAGGCAAGGAGGUGAUAGUGCUUCCCAAAACGACCGCUUCGUCUGAUUCGCCGUGGUUUGGCCUGGCCAUCUACGCCUGGUCUGGCUAUGUCAUCGAGUGUCCCAACUGUGCAGUGAUUUACCGAAGCAGGCAGUACUGGUACGGAAACCAGGACCCGGUCGAAACGGUCGUACGAACCGAGAUCCAGCACAUCUGGCCAGGGUCUGACAGCUUUCUGAAAGACAACCACAACGCCGCCCAGAGGCUGCUGGACGGAGUCAAAUACAUUUCCCAGUCCGUGUCAGAGCUCAGCGUCAAGCCGGCCAAAGCAGUCACCUCUUGGCUGACCGACCAGAUCGCUCCCACCUACUGGACACCCAACUCUCUCAUUGUGCAAUGCCAAAAAUGUGCAGUGGAGUUCCAACCCAACGACACUAAACACCACUGCCGGGCCUGCGGUGAAGGUUUCUGUGAUGCCUGCUCCUCCAAAACCCGACCGGUCCCAGAAAGAGGAUGGGGUCUCACACCCGUCCGUGUCUGUGACGCAUGUUUCCAUAACAGGGGGAUCCCGACUGAGCUUCUAGAUGCGGCAUUGGAGGAGGAAGGUGGCACUCUGAUAGCAAGGAAGGUCGGGGAGGCGGUUCAGAACACCCUAGGUGCUGUGGUCGGUGCCAUUGACAUACCUCUUGGCUUGGUGAAGGAUGCUGCUCGCCCCGCCUACUGGGUCCCAGAUCAGGACAUUCACUGCUGCUGCAGCUGCCAGAGGGAGUUCUCCGCCUCUCGCCUCUCCAUCCACCACUGCCGCGCCUGCGGUCAAGGCGUGUGCGAGGACUGCUCGCAGGAGCGGCGCACAGUGCCCUCCAGGGGGUGGGAUCACCCCGUGAGGGUGUGCAGCGUUUGCAGCCAGAAGACUGGAGAACUCUAACAGGAGCAUCAAAAUAGGACAUUUUGGUGGCAUUUCCAUUUUGUACUUGCAGUCGAUCAGUUGAUGACUAAAGGCUACGUUCACACUGCAGGGUAAACUCUUAAUUCGGAUGUUUUGUUAAAUCCCAUCUUUUUAUGUAGUCAUAAAGUGUUUUGUAAUGUCAACAAAAUGUGUCCCUGAAGUGACACACAUGUAAUGACAUCACACACAACGCAGUGUGUUCACUGAAGUAAACUUGGCUCCAAUUCCAGUACGUUUCACUCCUGGCACAUUUGUGGCAAUUUCAAGGAUUUUCUGCAAAAUUUUUUUAACCAAAUUAUGUUUUGCAUGAGAUUAAUUUUGCCUCUUGCAGUUUGUGGGCAUUUUCUUCAAUAUGUGUAUCGAGGAGCGUGUGGAGGAGCAAUGGAUUGAUGUUGGUAUGAGUUCUACAACAUUUUCACCAUUUGGUGGUCAUCACACUAUUUCUUUUAGCAUUUUACCAAAUAAUGAUGUACAACGUUCGUUGCUAGGUUUGAUGAACACGACUUGAUCGUUCAAACUGCAGUUGUAUCAGAAAGAUAACUGUCUGUGUCAGAUUUGACAACAUUUAGAAUUGCAUUGUUCACAUUGACAUGGAAAAAAUUAGAUACAGGUCACAUAUGGCAAAAAAAUUUACCUGCAGUGUGGACAAGGUCUAUGAAAAGGAGAGAACAAGCGAUAUAACCAAGUUGUGGACAAUCCCUACUUAGUUUUAUUGUUGGGAGGAGGGUUUGCUGGGGACAAGAAGUCGGCUCACCUAUCAACACAAACAGGAGUAGAGACACAACCUUGCACACUACAGUGACUAGAGCAUUGCAACAAUAAUGUCUUCAGUUUUGCACAUGUAUUUGGAAAAAAAAACAUUUUAAUUUUAACCAAUUUGCUCCAUGAGCUUUUGCUUCUCUGCCUUUUUUUUUUAACUUAAGAAUCAGAACAUUGUUGUACUUAACAGAUGCAUUCCGACAUACAUAUACAUACAUAUAUAUAUAUAUAUGCAUAUAAACAUACCUAUAUAUACAUACAUGUGUAUGUAUAUAUACAUAUCUAUAUAUGUAUAUAUAUAUACACACACAUAUAUAUAUAUAUAUAAUGUGUAUAUAUAUACAUCAUAUAUAGAUACAUACGUAUAUGCCCUUAUGUGGGCCUACCGAGGAUGUCGUAGUGGUUUGUGCAGCCCUUUGAGACACUAGUGAUUUAGGGCUAUAUAAGUAAACAUUGAUUGAUUGAUAUAUAUAUAUAUAUGUAUACAUAUAUAUGCACACACACACACACACACACACACACACACACACGAUUACAGAUAACACUACAAUAACGCUACAAGCCUUUGUAGUUAGUGCAUUCAAAACAGGUGGCUAAUAAUAGAAGAGCUUUGGAAAGAUUGUUUCACUUGUUUUAUUUACAAAAUGUCGUUUUUUUACUUUCUGCAGUGUGACUUUAGCAAUAUGAUAACUUGAAGCCAUCUUUGAGGCUGGAACCUCAAAACCGGCUUUGCGUUUAUUUUUUUUUUAGCUCAUUUUGAAGUUCAAUCAAGGCAUUAUGAGAGCUGAGGACUUGAAUCUUAAAAGAUGCUAACAAAAGCAAUACUUUUUAUUAUUAUUGAUAAAGUACAGUGGGGCAAAAACGUAUUUAGUCAGCCACCGACUGCAAGUUCUCCCACUUAAAAUGAUGACAGAGGUCUGUAAUUUUCAUCAUAAGUACACUUCAACUGUGAGAGACAGAAUUUGGGAAAAAAAUCCAGGAAUUCACAUUGUAGGAAUUUGUAAAAUUAUGGCAGAAAAUUAGUAUUUGGUCAACCAUUCAAAGCUCUCACUGAUGGAAGGAGGUUUCGGCUCAAAAUCUCACGAUACAUGGUCCAAGUCAUUCUUUCCAUGACAUGGAUCAAUCGUCCCGCUCCCUUAGCAGAAAAACAGCCCCAAAGCAUGAUGUUUCCACCCCCAUGCUUCACAGUAGGUAUGGUGUUUUUGGGAUGCAACUCAGUAUUCUUCUUCCUCCAAACACGACAAGUUGAGUUUAUACCAAAAUGGAUACAUGGAUGAUAAAGCAGAGGAUUGGGAGAAUGUCAUCUGGUCAGACAAACGUGUUUGGAGGAAGAAGAAUACUGAGUUGCAUCCCAAGAACACCAUAACUACCGUGAUGCAUGGGGGUGGAAACAUCAUGCUUUGGGGCUGUUUUUCUGCUAAGGGGACAGGACGAUUGAUCCGUGUUGAGGAAAGAAUGAAUGGGGCCAUGUAUCGUGAGAUUUUGAGCCAAAACCUCCUUCCUUCAGUGAGAGCCUUGAAUGGUUGACCAAAUACUUAUUUUCCACCAUAAUUUAUAAAUUAUUUAAAAUUCCUACAAUGUGAAUUCCUGGAUUUUUUUCCUUCACAUUCCGUCUCUCAUAGUUGAAGUGUACAUAUGAUGAAAAUUACAGACCUCUGUCAUCAUUUUAAGUGGGAGAACUUGCACAAUCGGUCGCUGACUAAAUACUUUUUUGCCCCACUGUAUAUAUGCCAAGGACACAAUCUCAAGGAGUAGUUUGAUAUUUUUUGUGUUUGGAUUUUAAGACAAGAUGCUUUUGUUGCUGAGCCAGUUGCAAUGUGCUUUAAGUCACUCAUGAAAUAACUGCAAACUGUUAUUUUUUUUAUUAACACUUUCAAGUCACCUUGAUAGAGAUGUAGCUAGGAUUAGCUUUCAGUAUGAACCACAAUAUGAAGAUGGAAUUAUCAGAAUUUUGCAUUUUUUUUCUAUAAAGCCAUUGUACCUAA